AUGAGCUCCAGAGUCGAGAUUCUCAAUGAUGGCGGUUAUCGCUCAGACGGAAGACGCCAGUACGAACUGCGGGACAUCACUAUAGAGCUCUCUCAGCAAGGCGUUGCAGACGGCUCGGCCACCUUGACCCAUGGCCUGACUCAGGUUUCUGUGUCCGUUUUCGGACCUCGGGAAGCCAAGAUGCGCUCACAGACACUCCACGAUCGUGCAAACAUUAAUGUGGAAGUGAACAUCUUGCCCUUCAGCACCGGAGAGCGACGUCGGCGGGCUCGUGCGGACAGGCGAGUGCUUGAGCUUGCGUCCACGGUCAAGUCGACUUUCGAGCCUGUCGUACAGACGAACCUUUAUCCCCGCUCUCAAAUCGACAUCUACAUCCAGGUUCUUCAACAGGAUGGCGGACUACUGCAAGCAUGCAUCAAUGCAACCACUCUCGCGCUGACCACGGCAGGCAUCCCACUGUACGACUUCGUGUGUGCUGUCACUGGUGGUGUGCACUCAGCGUCGACAAUGCUCGAUCUGAAUAUGUUGGAAGAGAACGACUUGCCCCAUGUCACAGUCGCGGUCAUACCCAGGACGAAGAAAGUCACUCUAUUGACUCUGGAGACGCGACUACACGUAGACCGAUUUGCGGACAUAUUCCGAUUGGCGUGUGAGGCCGGGCAGACGAUCCACAAGGAGAUGAAGCACGCUGUCAGCAACAGGACGAGCAUGUUGGUCGGUGCGAUGGGUACAGGGCUCUCUCACGGUAUAGGCAGUGGUGUAUUGGAAUGA